AUGUCUACUACCACCACUCAGACCUCAGGCUCGACCACCACGGUCAAGUUGGCCUUUGACACUACACUGCACAACAAGUACAAAUAUGGUGCUUAUCUCCCGGUGUACGAUGAGACAACCACAUUUCCACCAUUUCAACCAUUUGAGUUCAACGACCGUGGACUGGUUGCGAAUAAGGCCAAAUCCAAUCUCUUCCCAGAAGGCAAUUCCGAUGUGCAGGUUUCCAAGAUAACUCCCGUUAUCGGAACUGAGAUCCGUGGCCUUCAGCUUUCCCAGUUGAAUGAUUUGCAAAAGGACGAGUUGGCCCUCUUGAUUGCCGAGCGCGGUGUCGUUAUUUUCCGAGACCAGGAUUUCAAGGACAUCGGUAUUCAGAAGCAGAAGGAGUUUGGUCGCUACUUUGGCCCACUGCAUAUCCAUCCAACUGGAGCGCACAUCAAGGACCAUCUGGAGUUUCACAACAUCUAUCUUGGCCCAGAUAACGAAUACCGGAAUGAGAGCAAGCUUGACAAGCUGUCUACCAUAGGCUAUCACUCUGAUGUGUCAUACGAGCACCAACCACCAGGUAUCACCAUUCUGACUCUGCUGUCUGUACCUCCUUCAGGCGGAGACACGAUUUGGGCAAGCCAAACCGCUGCGUAUGCUAGACUCAGCACCCCAAUCAAGACUCUUCUGGAGGGUCUACGCGCCGAGCAUAGCGGAUACCCUCAGGCAGAAAAGGCGCGUCGAGAUGGCCGGCAUGCCACCGGACAGAAGGCGUUGUUUAUCCAGCCAGGUUUCACCAAGCGUAUAAUCGGACUCAAGCAAGAAGAAUCCGACGGGUUGCUCAAGAUUCUGUUCAAGCAUAUCGCGCAAGGGCAGGACUUCCAGGCUCGAGUGAGGUGGGAGGAGGGGACGGUUGCACUCUGGGACAACAGAGUUACUGCUCACACCGCCGUCAAUGACUACAAUGUGCAUAACCCACAGGAAGGACUGCGCCAUGGAUUCCGAAUCACGACAUUGGCCGACAAGCCUAUUGGAGUGAACGGGCUGGAAAGCGUUUGGUAG